AGGCGUCUGUCGCAUUUGUAGCGAGUCGUGUCCAGUGUGACGUUCUGCGUUGGGGUUUCGUGCUGCUGUUUGUGCGCCCAGAAUUUCAUCUGCUACACCCACACCCUUAAUAAGAAUCGUCCGCAAUGGAAGCAGUUAAGGACAUCACAGAGACGGUGGCUGUCAACCUGGGUGCACUCCUGGACGCCGGGGACGACGCCAUGGUGAUACUCGAGGCAGGUGACACUCGGCUCGUGGUGCACAGGGCCGUCCUGGCGGACAGGAGCCCGGUAUUCGCGGCCAUGUUCGCCCACGACACCCUCGAGGCCUGCACUGGCGUGGUGAGGAUUGCCGACAUCGGUGGCCCGGUGCUGAGGGAGCUGGUCUCCUACCUGUACACCCUGCAGGCCCCCCAGCUGCCCGGCAUGGCCCCCCAGCUGCUGACUGCAGCGGAUAAGUACGGGGCGUCGGGGCUGAAAGUGGAGUGCGAGCGGCAGGUGGCCGCUCAGCUGACCGUGGAGACCGCGGCGGCCGCAGCCACCCUCGCAGUUCGCCACUCCUGCAGUGACCUCAGGCGAGCCGCCAUCGAAUUUAUUAAGGCACGUACCCACGAGGUGAUGGCCACUCAGGGGUGGGCAGAUGCGAUGCGGAAGCAGCCGGAAGACUUGAUCGAAGUGAGCCGGUUGCUGUACGAUCCACCACCACAAACCAGUGCACCAGUCGUUACAGAGCCGAGGACCACCACCACCGGCACCACAACCACAACCAGAACCGCCACCACCACCACUGCCACCGCCACCUCUGCCAGCGCACCUCGCCAGACACCUGCUGCUGCGCGGCCCACGACUCCUCCACCUGAUGAGGCCACUGUCUCUCGAAUGCGGUGAGUUCCCUCAAAACAC